AUGCCUCCCCAAACAAUCUCUGAACAUGUUCCUAUCGAAGGACCUAAAACUUUUUCCAGAGAGGAGGUUUUAAAAUCUCGUGAUGUCGUCCGAAAAAGUAUGGAUGGAACGAAAUAUGAAACAUGUCAACCGUGGUACAUAAUCAUCGAUAAUAAGGUUUAUGACGUCAAAGAUUUCGUGCCAGAUCAUCCAGGUGGUUCAGUCAUCUUGACACUUAUUGGAAAGGAUGCUACCGAUGCCUUCAAUAACUUUCACCAAGAAAGCACUCAUGAUUUAUUAGCAAAUUAUUAUGUCGGUGAUGUAGCACCAGAAGAUAUCGCCUCCACGAAAGAAGGAUUCUCGAAAGAACUUCGAGAACUUAAAGAGCUCUUCGUAAAGCUCAAGUAUUUUGAAUCUUCGAAAGCAUACUACCUUUUUAAAAUAUCCAGCAAUAUCAGUAUCUGGGCCUCUUCGGUCUUGUUAUUGUAUGCGUUUGGCAACUCAAUCUUAGGUGUACUAGUGGCCGCCAUCGCACUAGCAAUAUUUUGGCAACAAUGUGGGUGGUUGGCGCACGACUUCUUGCAUCAUCAAGUUUUUCAAAAUCGAGAUUAUAAUAAUUUAGCGGGAUGUUUUAUUGGUUCUGUCUGCCAAGGAUUUGAUCCUUCUUGGUGGAAAGAUAAGCAUAAUACCCAUCAUGCCGCACCAAAUGUUCACGGUCAGGAUCCGGAUAUUAAUACUCACCCUAUUUUGAGUUGGUCUGAAUACGCAUUAACCGAUCUUUUUGACCCGGAAUUGGCUAGUGAAAAUGCAAAAAUUCUUCCCCAGUGGUUAGCUCAUCUAUGGGUCAACAACCAAACCAUCCUUUACCUUCCUAUAAUGUGUUUUGCAAGGAUUUCAUGGUGUAUUCAAAGCAUCAUAUUCAUUCUUCCGAAUGGUCAAUUGAGAAAACCUGCAAAUGCUCACAUGCCAAUAACAAAAAUUCAACAAAUAUCUCUCCUUUUGCACUACGUUUGGCUUUCCUGGAUGCUUUCUUUAAUUGACAAUUGGUUUUUAAGACUAUUCUUUUUAUUUUCUGCCCAAACAAUUUGUGGUUUACUCUUGGCCACGGUGUUUUCCUUGAAUCACUUUGGAAUGAAAAUUUUAAGUGAAGACGAAUCGUCAAAAAUGGACUUCUUUGUUGAACAAAUAAUUACCGGAAGAGAUAUCAUUGCCCUUAAUCCCGCGAAUCAAUGGAUUGUUGAUUGGUUCACUGGCGGUCUAAAUUAUCAAAUCGAACAUCAUAUAUUCCCUGCCAUACCACGUCACCAUUUCCACAAGAUUCAACCAAUCAUUCAAGGACUAUGUGCGAAACAUCAAGUGCCUUAUCAUAUGACCACUUUCUUUAAGGGAACCACCGAGGUUUUUGGAACUUUGGGCGACGUUUCACUUACAGCAAGUAAAAAAUAUUAA